AUGAUUGAUGCCGGGUUUGGUGCUAACAUAAAGGCGAUGUCGCUGGCAGAACAAGCCUUCCUCAAGGACCAAGCUCAGCAGAGACUUGCCCGCGCGGAAGCCGCGGGGAAACGGCCACUUGUCCCAGGGGAUUUAGUCUUCUAUUGGCGGAGACAAGUUGCCGGUAGAGAAAAGGAACGUGGUUUUACCAUAGGUAGCUUUGUGGGUCCUGCUCGGGUGUUAGCGGUUGAAACAAGAGUUGACGACGAAGGGCGAUUACGGCCGGGGAGCUGUGUAUGGCUGCAUAGGGCUGGUCGACUCAUCAAAGCAGCCCCAGAGCAGCUACGAGCUGCCACAGACCGGGAGCGGGCUAUCGAGGAGCUGAAGGGCCCAGUUGAGAUUCCUUGGACCAUCACCUCCCUAGCCUCUCACCCCCACAAGAAGACCUAUGAUGAUAUCACCUCCGAGAUCCCCGAUGACAUGCAAUGGGAUGAAGCAGCUCAGCAGCCUGUUCUCAGUCAUCGUAUUCGUGGAAAGAAGUCUUGCAUUUGUGCUCAUGUUGAUGAUUUCCUUUUUGGGGGAGCCCCUGGGGACAAAGUUCAUGACCACCUCAUGGAACAGAUUAAGCAACAUUUCUCAUGGGGCAGCUGGGAAUCAUCUUCCUUUACCCAGUGUGGUGUUACGGUGACCCAGCACAGUGACUUCAGCAUCACACUGGACCAGCAGGAGUUUGUGUCUGACCUGCAAGAAAUCAAGCUGAGCCGGGACCGGUCCCGACAAGUUACUGCGGAGACUAGUGACUACGAAAAGCAUCAGCUUAGGGCGGUCUUAGGGGCUCUUAGUUGGUUCACGGGUCAGACGGGAUUCCAGUUUUCGUCGGAUGUAGGGAUUUUACUGUCCAGUGUUUCUACAAGUCAAGUGGAGACAAUCCUUCGCACUAAUAAACUCAUCAGGGACGUCAAGGACAAUCCCGGCGAACUCAGGAUCCAUGCUUUUCCGGAUGCCAAAAGACUAGAGCUAGUUUGUUGGGCCGAUGCGGCAUGGGCCAAUCGACCCGAUGGCAAGUCUAGUACAGAGGGCAUCGUGAUCGGUUUCUCCAGCCCCGCACUUCUCGAGGGCAAGAUUGCUCCAGUCUCUUUGAUGUACUGGAGGUCCGGCAAGAUUGACCGCACAUGUCGUUCUCCGGCUUGCGCAGAGACAAAAGGAGUGGUCAAUGGGGAAGACGACCUCUACCACUUGCGGUAUCUUUGGUCAGAAAUGCUUUUGCCUAAGGAGCGAUUAGUUGGGUGUCAUCCUGAUACUGUUGUUGUUAAUGCUUCGGGUACCCUGGUUACUGAUAGUAAGAACUUAUGGGAUAAGCUCAGCAAGGAGAUUUUCGUAAUCAAAGGUGCUGAGAAGCGUUCAGAUUUGGAGGCCCUGUCGUUGAAAGAGUCCCAAGACAAUUCACAACUACAGUUGCGAUGGGUACACUCAGAUGCUAUGCUUGCUAAUUCCUUGACAAAGCCGUCAGAGAAAUGGCAGAUUCUCCUCUUCCAGAAGAUGAAGUAUCAUUGGCGCAUUGUUCAUGAUAGCAACAUGGUUUCCGCCAGAAAGAGGAAGGCCGAGGGCAUUGAUCCCAUGCACAGCGAGGUCAAGGGAUGA